CUCGUGUCACAGAAGUUCCACAGGUUCCAGGACCUUUUAUGCGGGUGCAACUCGGUUUCAUCUACAGAAUACAAAUACAAAGAAAUAAAUUCAAAAGUUUGGACUUAACUCAGGGAUGGCAGCAUCGAUACUGGAGGUACGGUACGGCAAUGCUAAAAUAUAUUAAGAUAUGAAUACAUCUCUGAUAUAUCUAAAGCCUGUUUUGUAAGACUUUAUGACCUUCAGCGCAACACGGGCUAGUUUUAAAGACCAGAGAUUUAACUGAAGAAGACCCGCUUUGUAGGAUGAGGCUCGCUAUGGAUCCAGCCCUUUGGCUAUGCUAACCGCGACCUGCAACAAAUUCGGAGUCUCCAGCCCGGUGAGAGAUUCAGCUACGCCCGGUAAAACAAGUGACACCACCACCAACAACAACAACCCCGGGAAGAAGCCUUACAGCCUGAACUCCGACCUCCAGGCCCCUAAAAACAGCCGGAACUCCGAGGGAAUGGGCGACUCCUACCCAGGGUCCUUCAGCAGCGGGAACGGGCUCCUGACCCCCUCAGGCAGCCCGCAAGCCUCCACGGCAUACGGGACUGACUACAACCCUUUCUCUCACUCCUUCCAGCCGCCCCCCGUCUCCCAGGAUCCCUCUCUCCUGGUCUCCAAGGCCCACACCACGGCCGACUGCCUGGCAAGCGUCUACACCUCCCUGGACGUGCACCCGUACGGCUCCUGGUACAAAGCCGGCAUCCACCCUUCCAUCUCCCCAGGCUCAGGCAAUGCCACGUCCUCCUGGUGGGACGUCCACUCCAACACCAACUGGCUGAGCGCCGCGCAGACCCAACCGGAUGGGCUGCAGCCCCCCCAGGGCUCCAUCAGUCCCCAGCUGCCCAGCUACAGCUCCGAAUUCACCUCCCUGAAUCCUGCAAACCCCUACUCCACUGUGGGGCUGGGCAGUUCCUCUCACCUGCUGCCUUCCGGCCAGCACAUGCUCCCCCAGGACAUGUACAAGCCCAAACCGGUGGCCAACAGCUCCCUGAUGGAGACUCCCAUCGGGCUCAAAACUUCGCGCAGCUAUGGGGGCUCAACGCCCGGCCGCUCCUCCUGCGACUGCCCCAACUGCCAGGAGCUGGAGAGGCUGGGGGCGUCAGCGGCCAGCCUCCGGAAGAAGCCAGUCCACAGCUGUCACAUCCCCGGCUGUGGCAAGGUCUACGGCAAGGCGUCACACCUGAAGGCUCACCUGCGCUGGCACACGGGCGAGAGGCCCUUCGUCUGCAACUGGCUGUUCUGCGGGAAGCGCUUCACCCGCUCGGACGAGCUGGAGCGCCACGUGCGCACCCACACCCGGGAGAAGAAGUUCACCUGCCAACUCUGCAACAAGAGAUUCACCCGCAGCGACCACCUCAGCAAGCACCAGAAGACCCACACCGAAGCGGAUCUGCAGGGCAAGGCUGGGGGAGAGGGGGAGCCCGAGAGGGAGGAGGGAGCAGCGGCUGCAGCCCCCCAAGCAUCCUCGUCGCCCAGCAGUGGGAUGCAAGACCCCAACGGGGAUGAGAACACCACCAGCCCAGAGCAGGGAGGAGGGCUGCUGGAGAUCUGAGUUCAAACUCUUAACUCAAGUUUCAGGGAAGUGGUUUCUUCAGUGAGCUUCCAGAUUUAUUAGGACUGUGAAGGACUGAAAGAGGUGCCGAUGGAAGGGGUCCUCUCAUAAUAAUUAUAAGAAUCAUAAUAAUAAUAAUAAUAAUAAUAAUCUUCAUAUUAGUAAUUAUAAACUUCAUAAACUCCUUCAGGUUUGCAAGGGAAUGAGCUCACAAGCUGAAGAUGUGAUUGAUGACUUUUUGAAUCUGGAAUACGUUACAAGCGCUGACAAAAAGCAAUGGUUUAAAAUCAGUUUGUUACCUGGAGGCUAACCUGGAGAAGGGCUGUUUGCCCCAAAGACAAACCAAAAGUCAGGACAUCACAUUGCAUUGCAUGGAACACCUGUAUGCAGAUACAGGGAUGGAAAUAAGACUCCCAAUUGCAUAGCAGGUCGAUCCAUUCCUGGGUUUACUAUGAGUUUAAUGAGACACACCUGAGCUUGUUACCUACAUGCUGUGGCUAAUCAAGGUGAUAGCAAAAUCUGGAAUGAGUGAAACUGCAUCCCUGAGAUAUAAUGAGGAUGAAGGUGCGUGUGUGCGUGUGUGUGCGUGCGUGCGUGCGUGCGUGCGUGUAUGCAUGUGAGUCUGUAUGCUUGAAAUUAUGAAUGCAUGUCUGUGGUUGUUUUAUUAAGAAAACAUUCUCUUACAUUUAAUUUAAUAAAAUGUUAUUAUAAGCAUAUUUAUAUGUUAAGUUAUGACGGAUUAAGGUGUAAGGACUUUAGAAGUGUUUUUUAAUAGUCUAAAAAAAACGUGAAUAUGGGAAAAAAAACUGGUUUUAUAUUUAUCAGACUUUAAAUAUGAAAUAUUUGGAAAUAUCUGGGUAAAUUAAUAUGGAGAGAGGAGUUGGUGUUUUAGAGUUAUACAUUUUAAGGCUUUAUUUUUCGCUUUUAAUCAUUUUCAAAGUUAGGAUUUACUGUUGCUGAAGCUUCCUUGCCUUUUCAUAGACAGGAUAGCAUUUUUUAAAAGCUCUUUAUUUUGUUGCUUAUUGUAUGUGUCGCUUCGAUUUUAAUUGCUUUUAUAUUGUGAGGGUUACUGUCCUGGUCAAUUUGUCUGGAUAAGAACACAAUGACAGCAGGCUUAACGUGUGUGUACAGUAGCAUGUGUUUCGUUUUCAUGUAUCCAUUUUAACUCAUUCAUUAUCAAAUACAUUUGUCUUCACUGAAAGCAAUGUUAAACCUUCGCUUUGGCUACAGAAUGAUGCGUCCCAUUUACAGGCCGGUCAAAUUACAGUCCAAUGUCGCGUGCGGGUGAGAUGGGUGUGUUUUUUCACACUUUGAUGUCGCAUUAAAUUGAAUACACCACCGGAUGUGACAUUACUGUAUUAUUGCAGCUUCGAAUAAAAAGGCUUCUUUCUAGGUUUAGAUCUUUUAAAUACACUCUGAAGUGUUACUAGGGUGUAUAGGUUUUUUAUUUUUUCAUAAGCUUUGCUAUUAAAAAAUAUCAUUGAUGCUAAAAAAAAAAGUCGGUCAUUUUUGUUAUAACGUGUCGUUGUAUUUUUAAAAAAUCUUUUUUGAAACGUGUUUCGCUGGUUCGAGCUUUGUAUAAUUCUUUUAAAACGUUCACGCUUCUGUGCUUUCUGUCUGUCUCUGUGCGUCUGUGUGGGAGAAUUGGGUCCUGUAUGGUUUUCUACGGGCAGACAAGAUGAUUACAAAGGAACAGAAACUGAAAAAAAAACAGAUAACGUGCAUUUUAAAGAAAAAUAAUUUCUUAAUAUCUACAAUAUUUUAAAAAGCGAACAACGCCGUACCAUUAGGCCUAUUAAUAUGUUGGAUUUUGAACUGUUGUUGUUUCAAUAUUGGUUUGUGAUGCUAAAGUCAGUAAAUAUCCCGAACGUCAUAAAAUAAUGUUUUUCUUUUGUGGAUUUAUUUUGAAGAUAAAAAAGAGAGAGAUGGAGGGAGGGAGAGAGGACGCGUGACAGGAUUAUCCGUGUCUGUCUCUCUCGUCUUCCUUUAUAAAAACAAGGCUGACUUUUCAAGGUCGAGCGACACCAGUUUAAUUUGACCUACUAGACACUAAACAGGAGAAAAAUCUAACAUUUGUGUCCACACGCAAACUUUUAGCUCCGCACAAACAAACAGUAGCCUUCUCUCUCUCUCUCUCUCUCUCUCUCCCUCUCUCUCUCUCUGUCCCGCUGGCCAAACCCUCAAUUACCGCCCUUUGCAAAAACAAAAGCAUCUAGCGAUUUCGAAACUAUCACAAUAACCUCUUUCAAGCAGACACUUCAAAUUGCGAGCAAUUAUUCUAAACUUAGAGGCCUCUCCGAGCAAAGGGGGUGCUGUCAUAAAGCUAACCCAAAAUGAAAUUCCAUUCGGUGGAAACCAGAUAAAAUGGAAUGCUCCGGUCUGGGGGUUUUAAAAAAAAAACAAAACUUUUUUUAAC